GAUUUGUUUGACAUAAAUAUAUUCUACAGUUACUCUUCAUUUAUGAUUAAUACACAAUAUCCUUUUAGUGCUUAUAAUAGAAUUUAAUAAAAAUGAAAAUUUUGCAAAUUACACUUUGAUAGCAAUAUAUAUUCCUACAGAACAUAACAUUAAUAUAAUGCAUGAUUAUCAAGCAAAACAUUGCAACAGACCUUUAGAAUGGCUUAAUCUCAGUGAUCUCCCUUGAUCUCUCUUGAUCUCUCUUGAUCUCCAUUGAUCUUGAAGCAAUCUGGUGCUGCUAACGGUUAUAUUUAUCUCAGUCUUUUUGCACCAGGUGAAAAAUUGAAUGAAAAAAUUGAAAUAUGUUGACAGGAUUUGGAGAUUUGCUAGUAUUAAAAAAUGAGUAAGAAUUUUGUACUCACAAGAGAAAAAAUGGGAGAACACUGGAAUUGAUGAAAGGGUUAAUUGAAUACAUUGUCAGUAGAGGAGUUGUCCUUUCUUUAGGGCCUUGGUUUGUACUAUCAUUAUUGAAUGGGUCAAAUAUUUUACUCCAUUAGUUAUAUAGUCCAUUUAUUCAGACAAGCCAGUCUAUUCAUAUCAUCAUGUUUUGGGUUGUUACAUAAUAAAUGUAUAAUUAACAAAUCUGUGAUUUCUUAUAAUCUCUGCUGUUGUUGUAACAGUCUAUCUAUUGCAGCAUUCACGUCACCAAAUGUGGCAAUAAGCGCUGGAAAACACAAGAAACCAAAUGGUACAGUAAAGAGGACUGAAAGAUUUACAAGGCAUAGACAUGCAAAAUGUCACCACCUGCCAUUUGUUACAGACGCCGAACACUGAACACCAACCUCCAGAAAUCAACCUUCAACAACAACCACUGAUCACAAAAUAGGCCUAUGUCACCACCAAUUAAAAUUGUUUAAUUAAAUAAAGUAAUCAAAUGUCUGCCAGGAAACUUAUGUAAUGACAAUGG